AAGCCAAGCCAAGGGUUGAGUUCAUUUUAUCCUCGUAGGGUGAAUUAUUUUGGAAAGUUCUUGAGAAGGAGAGGGCUUGAUGGUCUCACCAGGAACCCUGGCUGCAGCCAACACCCAGACAAGAUUACUGGAUGAUUCCUCUCCUACCCCCACCAACCAACCCCGAGACACCGACGCUGUGGAAAUAAAUCUGGAAUCGCGUAACAAAGUGGUGCCGAGGAGCACGGAUGCGACAAUGACCUCGCCCACCAUGGCGACGACGAAUGAGAUGCGUAAGAAAUGGCAGGUCUUGCCAGGAAGGAACUCAUAUUUUUGUGAUGGUCGAAUUCUCAUGGCUAGGCAGAAGGGAAUAUUCUACCUAACUACAUUUCUGAUUCUUAUGGUCAGCACAAUGUUCUUUGCUUUUGACUCCCCGUACCUCGCCAACAGAGUAACGAUAGCCAUCCCCUUGAUUGCAGCUGUCAUGGUGGUCUUCUGCCUAGCUACUCUCUUCAGAACAAGCUUCACAGACCCAGGGAUACUACCCAGAGGAACGGCAGCAGAGCUUGCAGACCUAGAAAGACAAAUAGAACCCCCAAAUCCAGAUAAUCCCCAGUACAGGCCACCACCAAGAACAAGAGAAGUGACAAUAAAAGGCCAAACCAUCAUCCUAAAGUACUGUUUUACAUGUAAGAUCUUCCGUCCCCCGCGGGUCUCGCAUUGUAGCAUGUGUGAUAACUGUGUUGAAAAUUUUGACCACCAUUGUCCAUGGGUGGGAAACUGUGUUGGCAAGAGGAAUUAUCGAUAUUUCUAUCUCUUCUUAGUCUCAACGUGUAUAUUAUCUAUGUUUGUCUUUGCCUGCAAUAUUACAACACUUGUACUAGUGAGCACGGAGCAAGGUGGAUUUUUAGAGGCUCUGAAGAACAAGCCAGCCAGAUAUCCUUUUCCCAUCUUCCUCACACCAUUAGGCAGUAUCGUGGAGGCGUUGGUGUGUUUUAUCUCAAUCUGGUCAGUUUUAGGAUUGGCAGGCUUUCACACGUAUCUAAUCGCAGCUGGUAUUACAACAAAUGAAGAUAUAAAAGGAGCAUGGUCCAAGAAACAUGACCGAGAUGCCUUCAAUCCUUACAGCAAUGGGUCUGCCAUGGCAAACUUCUGCUCAACGUUAUGUGGGCCUAAUACUCCCAGUUUAAUAGACAGGAGAGGUCUUGUGACGGAAGAAUACACCAAGACUCUGGUCCAAAGCAGUCACAUGGCUCCAGCCCAGCCUUACAUUCCAGUACAGAACCAAACGGUGGAUGGCGCCACGUAUCCAAGGCAAGCAAUACCACGUUCCAGUCUGACGACCAGCUCUUCUUCCGAUAGCAGCACUUACGAGAGCUGCUCAGAGGAUCGUCCCAUCUCCCGGCAUCACCCCAGACCAGCACACCCAGUCUCCUUCCUCCAGCUGUCCGAUCUGUCAACGACAUCCUCCAUACACAGCAAUAAAGACUCCAUGGUGUCCCCGACCAACAGCAAUGCAUCCACGUUGCGGUAUUCAGCAGCUCUCAACUCGGUCAACUCCACGUCGUCACCCCCCGCACAGCAGCAGCACGAGAUGCAGCCCCUACUGCCUGCCGGGCACAGAGAGGAACCCCGUGACUCGAGAGCGGAAGACAAUCCGGGUUCGUCGCAACCGUCUCCUGCGGAUAUGACAUCUAGUGAUGAUGCUUUCCAGACCCACAGUCAAUGCGGGAUCUUGAAGUUGAGUUCAGUAUAGCACCUUGUAACUGGUGUAUUUUGUGGUGUUCAGCAGGACUUCCAUGCCAUGGCAUAAUUUAUAUUUACACCAAUUUCAUAUAAUGCUAACACCUUCUAGCCACGAUGCCUUCCAGCUUCUGUCUGAUGUGUAGGAUCUGAUACCACCUUUCAGUUUCAAUGGGUGUUUGCUUUGGUGUUUCGCUGGACUUCCAUGCCAUGGCUUUUAAAUUAACACCAUUUACAUAUUAUGUGUGAUGCCAUUGACACAUUCUAAACACCAAGGAAUGUAUGCUUUCAUCUGUGCAGCUAAGUAAAGGUUAACAUUGAUGUGAUAUCAUCAACUUGUUCAUCUAUCAAAACAAUUAGUGGAAUUUGUUUCCAGGAAGUAGGAUGAGUAUUCAUCCAGUGAAUAACUUCAAUUUUGGUGUUGAUUUGAAGUUCAGUGUUGAACUUUUGGUGUCAAUGUUACAGUGUAUUCUAAAAAUUUAAUAUGAAGCUGAGAUGCAUCUCAUUUGGUUUAGAGUUAAUGUGCUUUGGAUCAUUUUGUUAACUCACAUGAGGUGUUGGAGCUAGGCAAGGCAAGGCAGUCUUUAGUAUGAUUCGAACACUAACACCAACUUUAACACCAGUGUCAACACCAAAAUCACCCAUUACCAUUUGAGGAAGAAUUAGAUAUGUAUGGAUUAGUGGGUCCAUUCAUUAUACAUGUUUUGAAAAUCCAAACUCACCGAGUCAUUAUUAAAAUGUGUACACUAAGUACUUGUACAUUUCUGGAUUCAUUUUGAGCGAUCAUGCAUCAUUAAGCUAAGCACUUUUAUGAGCUUUUGAUUAUUUGAUGAUUUUGAGUGUUUAUUUUUUUCACUCACCCAAGCACCUUAGUGAACACCUAAUUGUUUAGAUGUUUUGCGGUCUGCAAAUUAGUGUGAAUAAUUGAAAAAUGUCUAACCAAAACCAAAACCGAACACCUUUCCUCAUUUGAAGAUACCACAAAGUGCUUUAUUCUGUGUCAAACUAAGGUUUAAUCCAAACCAGAAGUAUUACACCUCUACAUUCAAUCUAAUGUGUGUAUACAAUCCAAAUUUAUGAAAUUCCAAUACCAUUGUGGUGAGAGUUACAAUGUAGGACUCACUGUUUUUUUUUUUGUUUUCAUUGUCAAAUUUAUUACAAAAUAUUACACUCUGGCUUUUGUUUCGUGUUGCAGUGUUGCUCUCUACAAUUUGCCUUCAUAAAGAUCCAUUCCCUAUCAUUUCGAAUCAAAGGCUCAGAGAACUU